CAAGCGUCGACGAGCGGGUCCCAGGCCCAAGGAUUAUGGUGCUUUGCAGGUCUCCCAUACAGUAAUUCACACUGCACCGACGGACCACCUCCCUCUUUGCUCCUCAGGUCAUCAUAUUACUCUCUUCUCUCAACCCGCCUGCAAUGGAGUCUGUGAGCAGCAGCAGCGCCCGGGAGUAACCAUCUGCCGCGGAUUCGGCAAGACACCCACUGGCCUGUGCUCGUAAAGCAGAACCUCCUUGCUCUUUUCUCUUGUCAACGGUCUGUGACCGCUGCAGAGACUACUGACGGUGGUCCGCCUCGACCAUCACCUCCUCUUCGCCCUCAUCAUAACACCACCUCACCUCACCUCCACCUCGUCGACCUCUCAUCUUCGUUGAUCGAAAGAGCUCACGACCGCCGCCUCGCCCUUCGACCUCGCCAUCGCCCUCGCCCUCGCCCUUGACCUCACCGACGACGCCGCGUCUUGCGUGUCCGCCUGCUCGCCCGCCAGCAUCCUCGACCGGCCCAUGUGCUUCGAUCAGCAAGCAAUCCCAAUUUCUGUACAUCCCUGGGAUCGACCUGAAUCGCGAACACAUCACUCUCGUGCUUAUCAAGGACAGGACCACUGAAUUGGCCAGAUUCUUCACGAUCUCUUCAAUCCAUUCAAACAACUGCGGAGUCGUUAGCUCGUUCUCUGCACUUCAACGGCCAUCCCAGGACCGAUUCGUUGGGAACUUCAUCCAAUCGGUAGCUUCACCGUGGCUCGCAAGGAGACAACUUGUUCGGUCCAGUUCACUGUGUGCGCGCGCUCAGCACACUACCGCACUGUAAUCUAAUUCUCAAGGCCUCACCAGCCGCUGUCUAUAACAACGUCUCACGACCUGCGUCGAACGAGCUCUGUUCCAGACUUUAAGCCUGUUCAUUCUCUCGGUUCUACAAUACCGGCUAAUCACGAUCUUUUUAACUCGACCCAAGAUCAGGGACACACUCUUUAAUUUAGUUCAACUACUGGACAUUCACUCCUUUGCAACCCCAGAACAUCUCGAACUUGCAACAACUUGUCAAUCCUGGAGACCUGGCAACACGUUCACAACAACAUAUGAGCCUUGUCGACAAUAUGGCUUACCAAUCUCAAACAUCCCAGCCGCUGGCUGCCCCAAGGACCUUUCCAGCUUUUGGAUACUGUGACUCGUACUUUGUGGAGAGUCACGACGACGACAAUGGCGUCUAUGCGCGCGCGGCCCUCGAGCGUGAGCGAGCACGCAACGUGGCAAAGCUAAGGCAGAAGGCUCUUGCGCAGGAGCUUUCGAGGUUGACUGCCGAUGAAUACCAGGAGGAUGUGCUUGACCACAUGGAGUACAUGGAGGGCGAGACCAUGCCCGACAUUCAUUCCAUUGAGAUCCAGACCGAGAUUCAGUGGUUCAUGAGACCAUACUUGCUGGACUUUCUCCUGGAAGCUCAUCACGCCUUUCAACUCCUGCCUGAGACUCUUCACCUUGCCGUCAACCUACUCGAUCGAUACUGCUCAAGGCGUGUUGUGUACAAACGUCACUACCAACUUGUCGGCUGUGCAGCGCUCCUCGUCGCUGCCAAGUACGGGGACCGAAAAGAACGCGUACCAACGAUCAGAGAACUGAAGUCGAUGUGCUGCUCAUUGUACGACGAUGACAUGUUCACUCAGAUGGAAUGGCACGUACUACAAACUCUGAACUGGGUUGUCGGUCACCCUACUGUUACCAGCUUUCUGCAGCUGGCUCUCCCCGUUGCAGGAACCUUCGACUUGGAAUUGGAGCAUAUGACUUGGUACAUAUCUGAGCUCGCUUUAUAUCACAAGGAGUUCAUCCCAGUCCGACCAUCCGUCAUGGCCCGGUCAUGCCUUGCUCUCGCCCGUUGCAUUCUGGGCAGGCUUCAGUCAACAUCUGACGAUUGGGCUGCGAGAUACGAUGCGCAGGUGGUAUUGAACCUAUCCAAUCACCUGUCUCAUCCAUCGCAAGCAUUGCUACGCAAAUAUGCUUCGCCGCACCUCUCUGAAGUGUCCUCGACCAUACAGCGGUUCCUUGAGCAUCAAGCAAGGCUUGUCUCAGCACAGCGAGCUGCUCAGAACCAGACCCCUAUCAACGAGACCCUCAUGGAUAUCGAUUCGCAGCCAAUGGUCAAUUCGCACCUUAUGCCUCAGACGCCCCAGAAGGUUGGGUACGCUGCCCAUCCAUUCGGCAUGCUCACACCACCCAUCACCCCUGACAAAGACCAAAUGGCCGUCGUGAGCUAUGGCACGAAGCCGGGCUUUGUGAGUCGAGCAGCCCAUUGCGUACCAACGCCGCCUUCUGUUGGUGAACAAAUGCACCACAACUCUUAUGUGGUGCAGCAACAACCACAACCACAGCCACAACCACAACAACAACAAUACAUGCCGCAGCCUCAGUUCGUGCAAUAGCGAAAUGUGCACGUACAUCACACGGCUCUCCCUUCUAGGUCCGGCAUCGUCGUACGUCGGCACUUGUUGUUACAACUGUACAAGGAACCCUCUCACGACCCGUGGGAUCUACUGUACGUGUACGAACGUCAUAGCAUUCAGCACAGCAUUCCAAGCGAGCGUUGCAUUUUCUAGCAUUUUCUUUGUGUACAAACUCCGCCCCGGUCCCACAUGAAGUCAGCAACAUACAAGCUGGACGUGGGCUGGAAAGGCAAGGAGAUCGGUCAGCAUGUGUGGGUAGAUUGUCAGAAGUGAUACGUGGAAUAGGGAAGUUCACACGAAAAGCAGAACGCAUAAUCACUCGAGGAAUUCAGACUGCAAGGAAAGGAAAGGAAAUUGGGAAAAAGAACAACGAGAUUCUUCGACGAGAGGAAGAUUGUCCAACAAUGGAUUCUGGCGUCGGCGCCUCCAAAAAAAAACAACUAAAAGACUCGAUUUGCUAUCUGUUCUCAAUUCUUUCUGAGAACAACGACUGAUACCCGAAUAUACCCAUGUUCAUACCAAAAGCUCGUUCGCCAGAAAGAGGC